UGUAUUACACAGAAGACUUCCUGAACUUGGGAGUAUACAGUCAGCAACAUUAAAGCAAUAACUGAAGAUAAGCUGUAAACCAGUGCUGCGCUCUCUGAUCUCAAGUCCAAAGGGACAGGUAGAAUCCAGCAGUGCUGUCAUAACAAAGUGAGCUGCUGUCAUUACUGUAAGUGACAACAAGUCCAAACACAGCCAUGGCCGUGAAUGAGGAGUGGGGGAAGCCCUUGGAGAGGAAAGGGAGAUUAACUACAGUCCUGAUACUGGCAACACUUAUAUCUGCUUUUGGUUCGUCCUUCCAGUACGGAUAUAAUGUGGCUGUCAUCAACUCUCCUGCACCGUUCAUGCAGCAGUUCUAUAACACCACGUACCUGGAGCGUUACGGUCAGCCAAUGGAGGAGAGCUUCCUGACGCUGCUGUGGUCACUGUCUGUGUCCAUGUACCCACUGGGAGGCUUCUUUGGCUCUCUGAUGGUCGCUCCCCUGGUCAAUAAUCUUGGGAGGAAGGGCACCCUCCUCUUCAACAACAUCUUCUCUAUCGUGCCCGCUGUGAUGAUGGGAGUCAGCGAGAUCGCCAAGUCCUAUGAGAUUAUCAUUGUGUCGAGGUUUAUCGUGGGCAUCUGUGCAGGUCUGUCCUCUAACGUGGUGCCCAUGUACCUGGGUGAGCUCUCUCCCAAGAACCUGAGGGGAGCACUUGGCAUCAUACCACAGCUCUUCAUCACCAUUGGCAUUCUCAGCGCACAAGUGCUGGGCAUCAGAAACAUACUGGGCAACAGCACAGGCUGGACCCUCAUGCUGGGCUUGACUGGUAUUCCUGCAGUGAUUGAACUCGUGCUGCUGCCCUUCUUCCCUGAGAGCCCCAGGUACAUGCUCAUCCAGAGGAGAGAUGAGAAGACUGCACGGAAAGCACUGCAGCGUCUGCGUGGCUGGGACGAUGUGGACGCAGAGCUGUCCGAGAUGCAUCUGGAAGACCAGUCGGAGAGAGCUGAAGGACAUCUGUCCGUGCUCUCUCUGCUGUCCCAGCGCUCUCUUCGCUGGCAACUGGUCUCCAUCAUCGUCAUGAACAUGGGCCAGCAGCUGUCCGGGGUCAAUGCGAUCUACUAUUAUGCAGACAGCAUCUACGCCACGGCGGGGGUGAAGCAGAAUGACAUUCAGUACGUCACAGUGGGAACAGGAGCCGUAAAUGUCUUCAUGACCAUAGCUGCUGUUUUCAUCGUGGAGGCUACAGGCAGACGGAUCCUCCUCCUCUGCGGUUUCGGCAUCUGCUGUGGAGCGUGUGUGCUGCUCACUGUGGCUCUCAGCAUCCAGGAGACUGUGACGUGGAUGCCGUACAUCAGCAUCACGUGUGUCAUCAUUUACGUCAUCGGACAUGCCAUAGGACCCAGUCCCAUCCCUUACGUGGUGACCACCGAGAUGUUCAGGCAGUCGGCCAGACCUGCCGCCUUCAUGGUGGCAGGAUCCGUGCACUGGCUCUCCAACUUCACUGUCGGCCUCAUCUUCCCCUUCCUCGAGAGAGGCCUGGGCCCGUACAGCUUUAUCAUUUUUUCUGUCAUCUGUCUGCUCACACUCAUCUACAUCUGGCUGGUGGUCCCCGAGACCAAGAGCAAGACCUUCUUGGAGAUCUGCCAGAUGUUUGCCAAGAGGAACAAAGUAGAGAUAAAAACUGGUGACGGGGAUCUGCCUCUGAAAGAGAGAAAAGGAAGCCGUGGGGAUGGAGACAAGGUCACGGCCCUCUGAAGAAAAACAAGUGCAUUCAGGAGAGAGGAAGUCUUCACAGUGGGGUGACUGGAACACACUAAAAAUGUUUUAAUUUAGCCUCUGUUUUUUUAUUUAACAAGAAAUCUUUACACAGUCCCCGAUUGUGUGGGGCGUGUGUGUGUGUGUGUGUGCUGUUCUUGCACCACUUUCAGUUUUAUAGCAGAUUGAUUGGGUGCUUGAGUCAUCAAAACAAUGCAAAGUGUCAAUUGUAAGACUUUAUUGACGCUGCAAACAUGUAAAUACAAUACAAGGUUUAACGUUGGAAUAUAAUCUGGAUUAAAUGUUGAUUUACAGGUGCC